CUCAGCCUCUCUCUGAGCCUCCUAAACACCAUCUAGAACUGUGUUCAACUAUCUUCUACCACAAUGAGCAACAAAUUCUUGGGCACCUGGAAACUCAUCUCCAGUGAGCACUUUGAUGAUUACAUGAAAGCUCUGGGUGUGGGGUUAGCCACCAGAAAACUGGGAAAUUUAGCCAAGCCUACGGUGAUCAUCAGCAAGAAAGGGGACUAUAUAACUAUACGAACUGAAAGUGCCUUUAAAAACACAGAGAUCUCUUUCAAACUGGGCCAGGAAUUUGAAGAAACCACAGCUGACAAUAGGAAAACUAAGAGUGUGGUAACCAUGGAGAGAGGCCUCCUAAAUCAAGUGCAGAAAUGGGAUGGCAAAGAGACAAUAAUAAAGAGAAAGUUGGUGGAUGGAAAAAUGGUAGUGGAAUGUAUCAUGAAGGGCGUGAUCUGCACCAGAAUCUAUGAGAAGGUUUGAGAAAAUCAUUUCCUCACUGAAGUAAUAUUUGAUCAUUUAAUAUUGAAAAUCAAUUGUUUUCAUUGUCAAGAUCUGACUAGGUCUAAGCUGGCUUGUUUGUUUUGGAUUUCAUAUUCACAUAUCAGAUGGGCAAAGGCUUAAACUAAGGAUUAGUCUAAAAUUUACUGCUAUUUAAACAUUUUGAAUUUUCAUAAGUGUCUUCUCUAUUUUAAAGCAUAUUCAUGGGCCAGACCUAAACUGAUAACAUUAUUAAUUAUUCAUGAAAUUCUGACCUAUACUAUACUCUGAUUAUUUAAAAGAAUAAUAAUAAAAAAGUAUUAGGACUGUGAAAGGAAGUGAAAGUAUUGAUCGGGUGUAACACACUCAAAUAUCUUCAGGAGCCAGGAGAGUUUUUAGGUAGGAGACUUAGAAAUGAAGCAGCUCAGGAGAAGGAGAUGGUUUAAUCCGAGGAUUUCAGUCUCAGUUGAAAUGAGCAGACUCUACUCCAGCCAAUUAUUUUUUAAAUUGAGAAAUAAUUCAAACACUGAAAUACAAAGAUAUUAAGAGCAGAGUUGAAUGCAUUGCCAAAUAACUCAGGACUGAGACACAAAACAUUUCCUGUAUUCCAGAAAUCUCCUGCAUGCCUUGCCCCAGUCAGUGGCCUCCCCAUCUUACUCCCCAAAAACAAGCAGAGUAGUGAUUUAAUCCUGUCACCAUAGGUUAGAUUUGCCUGUCCAUGUUAAUGGAAUCAUGCAUUAUCUAUUUAUUUCUGCUCACCUUUUUGAACUCAGCAUAAUGUUUUUCAAGUUCAUCCAUAUUGUUGCAUGAAAUCACAGUUUGUUCCUUUUUAUUGCCAAAUAGUAUUCCAUUAUAUGAAUAUGUCAGUUAUCUAUCAACCUUUCUGUUAAACAAUUCUGCUGUUACCAAUUUUGGCCACUAUGAAUAAAGCUGUUACAUUCUUAA